UCCGGUGGUAGGAGGCCUGUGUGGGUUCCUGAGAGGCGGAGUGGAGGCUGUGUCCCACAAACUCUGGCAUCAUGAACAUAUUUGAUCGGAAGAUCAACUUUGAUGCACUCUUAAAAUUUUCCCACAUAACCCCCUCUACACAGCAGCACCUGAAGAAGGUCUAUGCCAGUUUUGCUCUCUGUAUGUUCGUGGCAGCUGCAGGGGCCUAUGUCCAUGUGGUCACUCAUUUCCUUCAGGCUGGCCUGCUCUCUGCCUUGGGCUCCCUGGGGUUGAUGAUUUGGCUGAUGGCAACACCUCAUAGCCAUGAAACUGAGCAAAAAAGACUGGGACUUCUUGCUGGAUUUGCUUUCCUUACAGGAGUUGGCCUGGGCCCUGCUCUGGAGCUGUGCAUUGCCAUCAACCCCAGCAUUCUUCCCACUGCCUUCAUGGGCACAGCAAUGAUCUUUACCUGCUUCACCCUGAGUGCCCUCUAUGCCAGGCGCCGGAGCUACCUCUUUCUGGGAGGUGUCUUGAUGUCAGCCAUGAGUCUGAUGCUCUUAUCUUCCCUGGGGAACCUUUUCUUUGGAUCCAUUUGGCUUUUCCAGGCAAACCUGUAUGUGGGGCUGGUGGUCAUGUGUGGCUUUGUCCUUUUUGAUACUCAACUCAUUAUUGAAAAGGCUGAAAAUGGAGAUAAGGAUUAUAUCUGGCACUGCGUUGACCUCUUCUUAGAUUUCGUUACCCUCUUCAGAAAACUCAUGAUGAUCCUGGCUAUGAAUGAGAAGGACAAGAAGAAAGAGAAGAAGUGAAAUUGACCAUCCAGCCUUUUUCCCAUUUUGACCUCUCCUUCCACCCCUCAUUUCCUCUUCGCACACAUUGCAGGUGGUGUGUUCUGUGAUAAUGAAAAGCAUCAGAAAAGCUUUUGUACUUUGUGGUUUUCUCUAUUUUGAAUUUUUUGAUCAAAAAACUGAUUAGCAGAAUAUAGUUUGGAGUUUGGCUUCGUAUUCCUGGGGUUCUUCCCCACUCCCUUUUCUGAGCACCCCAUCCCUAGCCUCUUCCUCUGCUCAGGCAGCCAGUCACCGUGACGAGGAGUGGGACCCACAGCAGAGCAAACUCCAGGAGUCCACUUUCCACCCGAGCCUCACCAGGUGCACAUGAACUGUUUGGUCGAGCCACUUCGGCUCUUCUUCCCUCAGCGUCGUUUGGUUUGUGCACAGUUCCUGUGGGACUAGACAGUGAGUUUUCCAUCGGAGAGGAGAUUGAUGGUCCUGUUGUCACUCAGGCUCAUUACAUCUGAGCUUCUGUCAACCCCUACAAAGAAAAUGAAGAGCCUCUUCUGGUGGAUGCUUUGCUUCCUCUGAGCUGCCCAAGCCGCUGCUGGUCUGGCAAACACAGCUUUCUGUCUUGCUAUCCCAAAAGGAAUGUAGAUUUACAUGUUCCCAUUCCCUGUUCCUGGUCUGACCCUCAGGGAAUCUGCUGGUUUUCCAUCUGUGGGGAGGGAGGAUUUCAGCAUGAAGGAAAGACUGAUUCUUGUCAGGACUUUAUGAAAAGGCUGGUUAUGUGUGGCCAGAUAGAGCGUAGAAUUCCCAAACUUCCCAUCUUUAGUUUUUUUUUUUUUUUUUUUUAUAUCACCUUAGUUGUUGAGUGGCCUCCCCCAUGUGGCUUUGACUGAAGAUCCCAGGAGAGGAAGGUUAGAGAAGGGGACUGAGUGAGCCUGGGGGUAAUUGUAAACUAAUCCUGCCUGACAAACCUAUCUAGAUAAGGACCUGUUGGGGCAGUGGGGCAGAAAAUCGCUGCUAACUGACUGGUUCUUUGUUCAGAUCAGCAAACCUGGGUUGUGGUGACUUGGGAGGCAGCAUUCAUAACAGUUUGGUGCAUUCCUGCCUUCUCCCUUCUCCAGCCUGGAUGCCAGUAGUGUCAGGCCAGAGAUUUGGGGUGGUAGAUUAAUGUUCAUUUUACAGGUGCAUUUUAGUUUUUUGGUCUGUUCACCUGUUCCAGAAAUCUGUAGCCUUCCAGCCAGGGACCAGGUGACCAAACCUGCAAGACCUGUGAUUCCCGCAGCUUUGUGGCUGUGAGUGCGGGGAGGCCCAUACUAACGGGGAUCAGUGUUCUCUGAUCCACAGUCCUCUGGCACAGAAGGGCAGGCAGCCUCGAGAGCAGCUGCAGCUCUGGCUAUUCAAGUCUUCAGUGUAAGGGGCACUGAGCCCUCAAAGCUCAUUGCCAGUAGGCUACCAUUUUCGGCUCUCCUUGUUCACAGGCAGCACCCAGUUUGACCCAGUGGCUACUGGUUUGCAGCACACCGUAUCACUGUGCUGGCCUGUGAAGCAAUUUGUUCCCGGGGUGUGUGUAUUCCUGGAGUGGCGUGCUGCCCCGAUGGCUUUCUUCUGCAGAGGAUGUUGCCCUCUGACCUAGCUGCCGCCUCUAGCCUCUGGCUUGAGAACUUAAUAAAGGGACUUCUUCCCAUUAAACGCCCAAUAGCACUCUCCAUAAAUUUGCUGAUUCUCUGCAAGGCCUGAGAAUCUGAGUUACAUCUCUUGAAGCCAAACUCCACCUCUUGUGCUUUUUUGCUUGGGAUAAAGGAGUUUUUCUUUAGAAACAGUGCCAAGAAUGACAAGAUUAAAAAAAAAAAAAAAAAAAAAAACGACUUUUAAAGAAAAUGCCUAACAGGUUUUUAAUACAGUAAUCACUGUAAUUAUCACUUUCUUUUCUAGUUCCUUGGUUUUCAGCUCAGGCUGCAUUCUCUAACUCAUACUGUGAAGACAAAGGUGUUUUUGAUUCAGAAAUAUAUGAAAUCUACAUAGUCUUAAUUUGUAAAAAAUAAAGAAAAUACCUUAACCUUU